ACUCCGGCUGCGCUUACCCAUAACCGCGCACGCAGGAAAAGGCGGGUCCUGGAGGGAGAACCGACCGGGACCCCUUCCAGGACCCCGUUUAGGUGUCCAAGGCAUGCGCCUAUUCAAAAACAAAGCGGGACAGGCCGUAAAAGUCAAACCAGAUUUUAGAUAAAUUACAUUAUUUGAUACUUGUAUCUGCGUUAAGACUCUCUGAGGUGAAGAUUUUAAAAAGAACCGGGCGAGAUUCAUCAGGCACUGACGUGGACGGCCACAGGCUCAGGGUCUGAUGGUUGGGAAGGUGCUGGUGGGCUCCGGGUUCUAAGACAGUGCCGCGUGGAAUUUCGCGUCUCCGAACUUUGCGGAGAUCGUUCAGUGGAGUAUCUAAGGACUGGGCUAUUUUCCGCGGCCUUUGUUUCAGGUCAAGAGAGGAGUGCGGAACAAGCAAACGGGAUAACGGAAUUCCGGACCGGGAACGGCCACGCCCACCUGUUGGAAGAGGACGGACUGAAAGGUGUAGGGAGACAGGCGUGGGAAAGCGGCGGUGAGAACAGAACUGGCUCGCAGCGAGGACGAGCAUGAGUGGCGCCGAGCCCCAGAUGGAGGUGUGUCCUUACUGUAAGAAGCCGUUUAAGCGAUUAAAAUCCCACUUGCCGCACUGUAAAAUGAUAGGACUGUCCACAUCUGCUGACCAAAACGUUUCUCAGUCCAAGCCAGCUGCCCCUGCUACAAAAGAGAAGAGGCCUACCAGACACCUAACCAGAGCUCAGGGGAAGGAGCUGGAGAGAGAGGGUUCGAAAAGACCUGUGAAUGUGGAAGCCAGCCGAGCACCGUGGACAGCUGCGGCCUCUCCACUUCCGGGAGGUGUCUUGGAGAGCAUGCAUCCCACAAAAGUGGAAGGAGAAACCAAAGAUCAAAAUCAGCUCUCCUUCCAAGCCCUCAGACACGCCCAGCCAAAGGUGACUCUGCAGAGAGACACAACCCCUCAGUCUCCUACGUCAGAUGCCACCUCUCCCAAGAAAGAACUUACCCGAGAUGUGUCUGAGUCCAAGGGGAGUCCAUGCUGUCCCUCAGAGAUAGAAGCACCUUCACUGGUCAGCUCAGUGGAACUUUUUACUAAUCAAGAUAGAAAAUGUUCACCAACUCAGCCUCAUGCUAAACCAGCCAUUUCUGUCAGGCUCAAAUUGAACAAAUUGGAUCCCCAAAGUCAGAAGCUCCAGAUAAAAUUAUUAGAUGUGCCUACUGGUGAUUGUCAUUCUCCAAAGAAUGGCAGCCAGAGGCUUCAGAGAGUAGCACCCUCGGUGUUGACCAGGGAGAAAGGUCCCCAGGAUGAAGGCCACCUCUCAGGAGUCUCUCCCCACCCUGGUAACACCGAGACCCAGAAGUCAGAAUCACUUCUUUUGGGCCUUCACACUGGCCUGUUGGGUAAAGCACAGGUCAGAGGGCAUCAGGAACUUGGCCUUGGGAUGGAGUUGAGCCAGAGCAAGGGAAAAACUGAGGACAGGGUGUCUGUCACAGGUGUACAGGAAGGGGCCGGUUUGGGCCAAGGUGGUAAGGACCCCACUACAGCCACAAAGGCAAAGCCACAGGCUGCCCUUGAACUUGGGAAUGUGUUCAUGCCGCCACAGGGAGCUUUGAGUAAGCUUCUCUCUGAGCCAGGGUCAGGGAAUCAGAGCCUCACCUCUCUGGCUAUGACGUCUACUCCAGAAGAGAAAGCCCAGUACUAUGGCCAAAGUCAAGUCCCUGCCGUAACGCUCUCAGUGGGAAGUGAAAGGGACAUUCUGGAGCCCACAUCUUCCUGCCCAUCCCACACAUCCCAAGCAGGGCACUGCCUCCUGUCGUACUCUGCUCAGUAUCCUGUGGCUCAGAACUUCCUCAGUCAUGUUGCUGCUGCUGCCUCCGAGGCUCCUUCCAGGUCUGUGGGACUGGAGUGGUUUCCAGAACUCUAUCCUGCUUAUGUUGGACUAGGGGUGCUGCCAGGGGGACCUCAGCCUUGGAGCUUAGCAGCACAGCUGCCACCACUUGCCGCUCUGCAGGGCAGGAGCAUCUCCAAAGUUCUUUGGUGGGGAAGAAGUUCGGCUGAUAGCAGGAGUCUGGAACCCCUGGCGCUUACAACUUCCAGCCUCCCUCUAAUGAGACUCUUGGGAGCUGUGCACAAAGGCUGGGUGCGGUGCAACACCACCAUAAGGAAGAGCGGUGUCGGUGGCCUCACGAUGCUCUUUGCCGGUUACUUCAUCCUGUGCUGCAGCUGGAGCUUCAAGCAUCUGAGUAAGCCUGGAGCCCUCGAAGGGCUUCAUGCCAUAAAAGAACAGGAGAAGGACAACAGUCCGUGUGCUUAACGCACAGCAGCUUCAUCCUUUUCAUCCUUGGGUCUCCCUAUGCAGCCCAGGCUAGACCUACCCUCAGCGCUCCUGCCCUGGCGUCUGGCCCUGAGCUCUCUCCUUCCUCAGCCUGUAAACCAGGACGGCAGGCAAUAUGCCAGCACACCUGGCUAGAGUCUGGCUAUUUUUAAGGUUUUUUAAUUCAUUAUUUUUUAUCGUAUAUGUGUAUGAAUGUUUUGCCUGCAUGUACAUCUAUAUACCAAGUGCCUGGUGUCCGUAGAGGCAGAAGAGGGCAUCAGGUCCCCUGGAAUGGAGUUAGGCUUUGGCUGCCUUGUAUGUAUGUGCCGGGACCCAAGCAGGACCUCUGGAAGAUCCACUGAGUGCUUUAACUGCUGGGCCAUCUCUCCAACCCGAGUCUGACUUCCUUCAACCAGAUAGUGCAUGCCUGUAACCACAUCAUUCAAUAGACUGAGCAGGAGGGUAGAGAAUUCAAAGUCAGCUUGGGACACAUGAUACCCGGCCUUCAAAAACCAACCUGGGAUCCCUGUGUAGUACGGUUAGGCUCAUGCAAACUCUUAACCUGCAGGAAAAUGCCCAGAUUUCUUUUCUCAUAUUUCAAGAUAACUUUUGUUCAUUUAAGUAAUGUAAGAACAGGCCUGGAGCCGGAGAGAUGGCUCAGUUAUUUAGAGCACGUGUUGCUCAUACACAGGAUCCAGGUUCCGUUCCCAGCAUCCAUGUGGCAGCUCACAAACAUUCACAACUCCAUGCCAGGGAUCCAACACCCUCUUCUGCCUUCUGUAGGCACACACAUACAGACUUACAUGUAGUGCACACACACAAUACAGAUAAAACUCCUGUUUAAUAAGUCCCUUAAUGUUUAAAAAAAAAGAAAAAGACACUUAGAGUUUAAAAAGAAAAAAGCUCAUAGUUCAUACAUUACCCCAAAAGUAAUAGUAUAGUAUUUUUUCUAUAAUUUAAGAGAUGGCAGGAGCCCAGGCUAUCUCAUAUGAAAACUCUCUAACGUCCUGGCUCAGGCUAUGCCUGGAGAGUCAGGGAGGGUCGUUAUCCGCUGGCACAGGAGCGGACCUGCAGCACACCCCUGCACGCAGAUCGGCCUGCCACAGUCAGGCAUUGGGCCGUUAGUGAGAUGCGGACUCCAACAGAGCCCUGUCUCCCUAAGGACAGCUCCUGCUCCAGCCAAACCAGUCUGAGGAACUUGGCUCCUGUUGAUGGUGGUAAUCAUGCAGACAUGUUUGUGUUGAGACAGGGUCUCCCGCUAGCCCGGGGCCAUCUUGACCUGCAGUGCUGCUGGCCUUAUGCACCUGACAUGGGUGUUUUGUUGUUUUGUUUUUUUGUUUUUUUUUUAAUCUCUAAAGAUGGAAGCUGAAUGCUCUUAGGCCCAAGAAGAUUUCUAAGUUUAUGAAAUGAAAAUAUUAAAAAAUGUUUUAUCUACAUAAACGAUAUAAAUAGCCAGUAAGACACACCCUCCUGGUCCUCAUGUGUCUCUCUGUUUGUCCCAAGAGCUGCAGCGCUGGCGGAAGUGAAGGCAGGCGUGUCCGGGAGCCACAGAGAGUGACAGACAUCUGCAAAGCAGAAGAGACACUUUAAAUUUGUCCCAGGUCAGGGAGGGUACAAAUAAUAAAACUGCUGAAAUCACA